AUGAUCCGACGCACCUUCUCCCGUUUUACUCGCAUUGACUUCCAAAUACUCUAUGGGGCCUAUGUCGCACCGCUCCCGGAAUACGCCAACCAAGUUGCCUACUCAGGAUGUACAAAAGACGUCACCCUCAUUGAGCGUAUCCAGCGAGCCGCUACGAGAUUGGUUGCCGGCCUCACAUCUGUGGACUACGAAACGCGUCUCGCGAUGCUUGACCUCUUUCCCCUGGAGUACCCUCGCCUCCGAGGGGACCUACUUCUCACUUACCCUCUGUUUGAACAAAGCUUGGCAAAUAGGAGCAUGAGUCUGUUCAUCUUAAACUGGGGGAAGUUGUUUGAACUCACCAAUAGCGCCAGUCUCCUCAGCGCGGGAAGGGUUUCCACAAUGCACAUUGACCACAAACCUCUGGAGUCGUGGCUUCACGGCAAGCUCAAACCUCUGUGCGUGGCCGAUCCAAUACCACUAUCACAGUACGUCAUUGCAUUAAUUAAAAAGGAUAAGCCGGAAAAGGAACUGAAGGAAAUAUGUAUAGACCAAUUGGAGGUAUUUUUGCAGGAAAACACGUCCUCAUUUGUCUCCGACCUCUUUGCGGCUCUAAAGUCACGUUCCUACGUAGCGUCUGAGGCGGCUGUCACCAGUGCAAAUGUGCAAUCCUCGAACGAUAGUUCAACUGCGACGAAGCGGACUCCGGCGUGUGAGCAUUCACGGCCUGACGUCAGCAAAGACAAAAAACGACAUACUCCUGGUGAUUCGGUUGUACCGGGCACCGAUUCUUUAUCCUCCGCACCCAAACAAAAACGGAAGCGUUCAAACAGUAAUAGACCGAAAUCUGCGACCAGUUCGAAAAGUCGAUCACAUUCCCCACAGUCUGUUAGUCGCAACACAAUUUCUUCUACCGCUGGGCACUCUAGGACUGGCCGAAAAAGCGAGGACAAAGAAGGUGUUUCAGACGAUGGGAGAACCCGUCCGGCAGACCUUGAUACUCAUUUUUCCAGACGUGACAAUGACCACACGGGACGUCGUGGCGCCGCUUUUAGCAGCUCAGGACGUGGGGAUCCAAGUUGGUAUAGGCGUCGAUCCAAGUCACGAGAAUUAGAUGCGCGCCGCUCCCGAUUGUCACGUGAGAGAUUUCGUUCUCCAUACAAUGAUCGCUACGGUGGUAGAUUACGAAAUGCACAGGGCGACCGUGAUGUGGUAGGUCGUGGUUCUGAGUUCACUCGACGACGUCGCUGCCGCAACUUUGACGACCGAGGCUUUUGUGCAUUCGGGUCUCAUUGUCCAUUUGAUCAUGGUCCGGAGGCUCUGGUGCUUCCUUCAACUCGUGCUGCAGCGGCAGCAAUCACGCAGAUGUCCACCCAGGCAACAUAUGCUAAUUCCAAUAUUCUCAGUUUGCCCGACUCUUCUACUUCAUCGGAACAGCAGCUACCACUAACAGAACAACAGGUGUCUUCACAUCCCCAAGUAGUCCAGCUUCAGUCGGUUGUUUCGGCCGUUAUCCCCGCUGGUGGUAGUGGCCUCGACCAAAGUGUCAAUGCCGCAUCUAACUUUCACGCAAACGAGCGUACUACUGUCCCCGUGUAUAGGCCUACUCCAAUUAAGCAGUCCACCAGUAGUACCACUGAAUGCAUAGAUUCUGCGGAUAUUCCCAUCAACCUGGCCUUGAUGAGCGUCCCGCCUCCUACUCCGGAUGGAUACGCCUGGAAUGUUGCUGGCUUCGAUCUCUCAGCGUACGCGCAGGCUGCGCCGUUAGCAGAAUGCUAUCGAAAUACUAUCGGUUCCGUGGCAGUUCGCCCCAACAUAAUAUCCAUCCCUUUGGCCACUAAUGCGGCUGGUUCAACUGGGUCUGCAGUCACAACCUGCCAUGCUCCACCAGCCUACGAGCCUGACAAGCCACAUAUCUCCAUGAUCUCCAAUACGGAGUCGUCAGUCUCCCCAUCAGUUGAGAUGUGGACCGUAGGCCGUGAGGCUGCAAGUCGACCGUCUGUAACCUAUACUCCCAGUCCUAUUUCCGAGCGCCUUCCUAAACCGACUUUCUCAUCUACACCUCCAUCGUCUACUGCAAGGGACUCUUCUUUCCCUUGCGUGCUUUACAUUACUCACAUUCCCUGGCGCCUAAACGAUGAGUUCAAACUACGCGAGCAUUUCUCCCGCUUCGGCACACUUGUUCGUGUCGUGUCCCGCUAUUACUCGAUACCGGACGCGGCGCUGGUUGAGUUUUCUUCGACAGAUGAAGCAGAAAGAGCGUACCGCAGCCCGGAACCCAUACUAUCCAAUCGUUUCAUACGACUCUCUACGAUGCCACCAAACAAGUUUGGACAAAGUCGUAGAGGACGGCAGACACCGUAUGACCUGCGUUCAAAGCCGUUGAUGUGGCUCGUCUCGGGGUCCCCAUCCAGGAAGACGGCAGCGACCAGCGCAGCUGAGUUUGCUGGUAGUGACUUUCACACUUCGCUGCCAAGUCAUUGUUUGGCCGCCUCUGGCCCUCUUCCAUCCUUCACAUGGUUGGGCGAAAAGAACCCUUCGAGGAAGUCGGUCGACUGGCAUACGCAGUACGUGGCCAAGCCAACGCAACCUGUGCAGUGUGAUCAGUUCAGCUAUCGAGGGGUAUUCUCACUUUUCAUCCAAAUUCAUCCUUCACUGCAGACACUAAAAGAACGUCUUGGACAAAGGCCGAUUGCAAGUCAGGACAAGUACGGCUGGUUAAGGUCGGCGAUAGACACCUCAGGCCCAACCGAUUCCGCCCCUCAGAAAGGCGGUCGGUCUCGGUGGCGUCUGGAGCGGAGCGGGAAUUGCUUGCUGGAUGACAUGGCCUCAGGAGAAGAGGAAGUGGAAGAUCAACGAAUGGCGGUUGAUGACGAAAACAGUGAUCGUCCAGGCCUUGUAGACUACACAGUCGACCGCUCUCUCGAUGGCAGCUUGAAAAGCAAUGUGGAUCUGUCAGAUCAGCAUCGCGUAGACAGCGGAAAAUCCAGGUACAGCUUAUCCCGAACGAAUAAAUCAGAGGCAGCAUCCUACUUGUGGGAACGUCAGAAAGCUCUUGCACUGAAACAGCGGGCCGAACUUAUGAAACAGUUGGACAAGUCCCGCGAAACGAAACAAACGUUAUUAGAAGCUCAACGAACAUACAUCUUGCGUUUGCGAAAUCAACUGAAGAGGGUCAUGUCCAAAUUAGAGGGACAGGCUGAACUGGGGGAUGUGGGGGAUGCCACGAGUACGAGCGAUAGACGCCAAUUGCUGAGCGAAGCUAAGCGCAUUCAAACGGAUCUUGCGACUGCUUUAGCAAAUGAGAAGAAAGUGCUGGCCAGCAUGUCAUCAACGAAAGAAGGUGAUAGUGUGGACCCAAUGUAUGUGGGGAGUACAGCAAUUAGUGCUGCAGCCUUGCAAGCUCUUCCCGAACCGGUGGCAACUGAACGUCGCAAGCAAAUUGCCGAGGUUCGUUCUACUUUAAAAUUGGUGGAGGAAGAUAUGGCAGUCCUCAAAGCUAAAGGAGAACCUGUAUCGGACCAGCGUCGACGGAUAUUGGAACUCAAGCGCCAACUUGUUCAACUGGAAACGGUUCGUCCAUCCGACAUAUCAGCUGCCAGCGCCUUAACUGAUCCAGCCGAUGGGAGUGGUUCACUGUACUCCAGAAAUCAAACCAAAUUGGACAAGCGUCCGCGCACUCUUUUCGUGUCGGGUCUGACUCUGGAUGAUGUUGAAGACUUUCAGAAGGCGCUGUCCCUAAAUUAUUUGUACACCCAACAAGUUGUAAAACACAACUACUCGUCUGCUGACCAACCCGUCCUUGAGGUGACAUUUUGCACACGGGAUUUUGCCGAACGUGCAAUGCGUCAGUUUCAUCAAUUUCGUGGCCGUUCAGUCCACAUGAGCUUUGCGCCACCUCCAGUCGAGGGAAAUGCCGCGACAACGACGUCUGAAAGUGUCACUUCAUCUGUGGUUUCUUCUACGCAGGCCGAGAUUUGAUUUUCAUGCCUCUUCUGUGUGGAUUCAACAACAACAUCCAAUGCAUUUUAAUCGGUCUCAGUGGUUGCAGGCUUUCUGAUGCACACUUCCAAGCUAUUGAUGUCGGUACUGAAGUUCCCACGUUUGUUCUCACAGAGUGAAAAAUUGUGUUUGUCAGUGACUCCUGUUUCACUCAUCCACCCAGUGACACUAAAAGACAUGUUUUCUUGUUCCUCCUUUUGGUGUGUUCAUCUUGCUUUCAAGCCGUACAUUUUCCCAUCGGCUGUGCUUCUUGAGUAAAUACAGUCAUUCCCUCGGAUA